UUUCAACCUUGGCAAUAAUUCAUUAAUGGAGAAGAGAGUGGGCGACGAGAGAAAGUAGCGAGUUGAAAUGGUUGCUUCGUAAUAAUGUGGUUGUAUUUAAUUUUUAAACAAUUUGUUUUAAAUCUUUGACUAUGAAUGGUAAAUUGAGGUCUAUAUUUAUACAAACAUUUGUGAGAACUGGUAUUAUUAACUUAUAAAAUAUAAGCUAAAGCUAGAAAAGAAAAGUUGCUUCAUACAGUAUUCCUGGUAGUUGUAGUGUAGGCCUAUUCUUUCUCACUUUCACUGUCUGAGUAUUGUACGCAAUUCUCGAUGCCAGACUAGAAUCCGGUCUUUCGAGUCAUUUUUAUGUUUUGUGUUGUUUUAUUGGAGAUUUUCAAAACUCACCAUGGCACUAACACAACCAAGUGUUAACUGUAGUUUGGAUGACAUAGAUCUUAACAGUUUAAAGGAUCCUGCUGGGAUAUUUGAGUUAAUAGAAGUUGUUGGAAAUGGUACAUAUGGUCAAGUUUACAAGGGUCGUCACACCAAGACUGGUCAACUUGCAGCUAUCAAAAUCAUGGUCGUUACUGAGGAUGAGGAAGAAGAAAUCAAGCUAGAGAUCAAUGUUUUGAAAAAGUAUUCGCAUCACAGAAAUAUAGCAACGUAUUAUGGCGCUUUCAUUCACAAAAGUAUGCCUGACAAAGAUGCCAAACUUUGGCUUGUCAUGGAAUACUGUGGUGCAGGUUCUGUUACAGAUCUAGUGAAAUCCACUAAAGGACAGUCACUGAAUGAGGAAUGGAUUUCAUAUGUUUGCAGAGAAGUCCUCAGGGGUCUCAGUCAUCUUCAUGGAUGCAAAAUUAUUCAUAGAGAUAUCAAAGGACAAAAUGUCUUAUUGACAGACAAUGCAGAAGUCAAGUUAGUUGAUUUUGGAGUCAGUGCUCAACUUGACAGAACAGUAGGUAGAAGAAAUACUUUCAUUGGCACUCCAUACUGUGAUUUAUGGUCAUUAGGCAUAACAGCUUUAGAGAUGGCUGAAUCUCAACCUCCUCUCUGUGACAUGCACCCCAUGCGUGCUCUUUUCCUAAUUCCACGAAACAGUCCACCACGUCUGAAGUCCAAGAAAUGGUCUAAGAAGUUUCACAGCUUCAUUGAAACAGUUCUAGUUAAGGACUACCAAAAGAGGCCUUACACAGACCAGUUAUUAAAACAUCCAUUUAUUAAGGACCAGCCCACUGAAAGACAAGUUCGUAACCAGUUGAAAGAACAUAUUGACCGUUGCCGUAAACACAAACGAGUGGAAUCUCAGGAAGUUUAUCAUUUUAGUGGGAGUGAGGGAGAUGAAGAUUCAGGAGCAUUAGGCCAACCUAGUUCUAUUGAACCAGUUGAUUUAGAAUCAACACUAAAGCGAAACUUUCAGCAGCUUCAGGAGUCAAAAACAUUGACUCCCAGUGAUCCUAGACCUAGCAACCAAAAUGUAUCCUCAAUCCCAGAAAAACCACGCCCUCCUAUGAGAACAGUAGUGGUUCCUGAUCCUCCACCUCCAAGUAAACCACUUCCUCCAAUUCCAGUGGAUGAAGAGUGUAAAGAAAAAGUUCGUAAAACCUCACGCAAUGUAGAGCCUGUUCAGUCUCCAAGAGUGCCAGAUCCUCGAGUCACAGGAUUGUGUAACAAAUCUCCUAUGUGUAGACCAGAGGAUUUAGAAGUGAUAGCAGCUCAGUUGAAUGAACUAGCUUGUGGGCAGAGCAGUAGUGGUGCUCUUAGCAAAAACAGUAGCAGUAGAGGAUCAGCAGUAGUGAACAGUGAGCAUUCUGCUUGCCAGAAUGGCAACACACCUGUUAAACUGACUCUAGAAUCUGAUGAAGAAGAAGAAGGGAAUUUGCUAAAUGAUGGAACUUUGCUGGCUUCUGAUCCACCAAGACCUCUGCCUCCUGAUGUAUACAAUAAGGACAGCAGUAAAAACAUUGCAGCUACUAAAGAACCUAUAAUAAUUCAAGCACCAAAUAGACCCCUACCUCCUAUACCAGGUGAAGAAGAUAGUACUGAUAGAACAUUAGUAGUAAGAAGGAAUCAGUCAAAUAAGACAGAAGGUGAUAAGUCAAAGCGAGAACAAAAUGGAAAUGAACGUGCUAGAAGAGAGAGGUCCAGCAGCCACAUUGAAAAAAGUAGUAAUAAAAGAGAUUCUAGUGGUCUAGAAAAAGUCAAACAGAGAUCUGACAGGAAAGAACGACCUCCCCUCCAUAAAGUGUCUUCAUCUCCAGCUUCUGUGGCCUCAUCAUCAGUUCCUAAUGAAGAGUCUCAGAAAAAAAGAGAAACUGUAUUAUCAUCACAAGGAUCAACCAGAAACAAUAGUCAGAAUGAACAAGAAAGAGAGAGGAGCUACUCAGAUCAUGCAACACUCCCUGAAGAACUUGCUUGUCGACCAAAUAUGCAGCGUACAGAGUCCACCCAGAGUUGCCCAGGAAGCAGUGUAGGACGAUCAAGUGGAGUGCUUCCUGAUCUUCUUCCUAAAAAUACUUCCACACCUUUACGGCAGCCAUCACAUCAGAGGCAGCAAGACACAAGUAAUUCGGAUGAGGGUGUAACGAAAACACCUCUUUCCUUACAACAAAAACAACCUUCCUUUUUGAUAUUUGGAUUUGGAGCUGGAGGUUCAGGUCCAUCUCCUUCUCCUCGCCGUGAAUCACACAUCAACGUUAAUGUAACGCCAAACUCACACGAGUCCUCGUCUGAUACUCCAGAGAUUCGCAAAUACAAGAAAAGGUUUAAUUCUGAGAUUCUGUGUGCUGCACUUUGGGGAGUUAAUCUACUAAUAGGGACAGAAAAUGGUUUAAUGUUGCUGGAUCGUAGUGGCCAAGGAAAGGUGUACAAUUUAAUAACAAGAAGGAAGUUUCAACAAAUGGAAGUUUCAGAAGGACAGAACAUUUUAGUGACUAUUUCUGGGCGAAAAUCCCGAGUUCGUGUUUAUUAUCUUUCCUGGCUCAAAAGCAAGAUUCUUCCAACAGAUAGGCAGCUGGAAAGAAGAAAUGGGUGGAUAAAUGUGGGUGACCUCCAGGGUGCUGUUCACUUUAAAAUUGUGGUAUGGUCUAUUCCUCAUCACAGCUUUAAGGAGUGGGAAAAUGCGUUUCAUAUAUGGAGUAACAAUGUAAAAUACGAGCGAAUCAAGUUUUUGGUCAUAGCCUUACGAGACAGUAUUGAGACUUAUGCUUGGGCCCCAAAGCCUUACCACAAGUUCAUGGCUUUCAAGUCUUUUUGUGAUCUUGUUCACCGUCCCUUAUUAGUGGAUAUGACCAUUGAAGAAUGUGUAAGAUUGAAGGUUGUUUAUGGAUCAGCAGAAGGAUUCCAUGCAAUAGAUGUGGAUUCUGGUGGAGUGUAUGAUGUCCACAUUCCAUCCCAUAGCCAGGGGCCCAUCAUGCCCCAGAUUAUUGUGACACUGCCAAAGUCCAAAGGGAUGCAGCUCCUAUUGUGUUAUGACAAUGAAGGGGUUUAUGUAAACACAUAUGGAAAAGUAAGCAAGAAUAUUGUACUCCAGUGGGGUGAAAUGCCCACAUCAGUGGCUUAUAUUGGCACAGGCCAAGUCAUGGGCUGGGGAAAUAAAGCCAUAGAAAUUCGUAAUGUAGAGACUGGGCAUUUGGAUGGUGUUUUUAUGCAUAAAAAGUCUCAACGACUUAAAUUUUUAUGUGAAAGAAAUGAUAAGGUAUUUUUUUCUUCUGCCAAAAGUGGUUCUUCAUGCCAGAUCUACUUCAUGACCCUAAAUAAGCCUGGAAUGGCUGUCUGGUAAAUCCCAAUAACCAGUGUUAAAGUACCAAAAUUCCUAUGGGAAUUUUAUAAUUGUGUACUGUGUUAUUAUUUUUAAUUAGGUAAUUACAUUGUGGGCAGUAAGUGAAUUUAGGGUCAAGCUUAGUCAAUUUUGCCUUAAAUUUGUUUUUUGUGUUAUUUUCUAAUUGCUCAAGAAUUAAAAAUUAUUAAGAUGCAAUCUUUUGUAAAUACUAAUACAAAAUGGCAUACCCAGUUUUAGAUUCUUCAUUUUUACUAUAACUCAUAACUUCUGUGAAUUAAGUUACACAUAGACUGUCAGGCUUACGCUCUCAUUGUGGUUUAGCGACAUUUGUAGGGAUCUGGACAUUUAGUUACUGGACAUUUCUCUACUACCACAUUGUUACUAGGACAACUUGUGUUGGGUGCAUUCUUACAUCAUUUUUGUGACAUGGCAAUUUUUGUUAUGAAUACUGAUUUUUGUGACAGAUAGUUUUUAAGAUAUAAAAUCGAUUGGUAACAAUAAUAAAAAAAUUACAAUAGAUCACAAACUGUACAAUAUUUUGGGGACCAUUUAAAUAUUACAUAAUGCUAUUGGGGCGAGGUGGUGGUGCCCUCUGGUACUUGAAUUAGGUGUUGAAUCUAGUAACAAAAUUAAAUAAUCACAAAAAACACUUGUAAUAAAACCUUUUGCAACGAAGUGAUGGAAACUUGAAUGCUGUAAUGAAAUGUUUUUCGUGACAAAAAGUCCAUGUCACAAGCUGUCUGUAACAAAAUGUACCAGAUUUCAUUCAUAACACAGCCAAGUUCAUAAUUUUUGUACAUGUUCAUGAUUUUGGUUAUGCUGUACUUUUUUCGUCACCAAAGUAUGAGUGGGAGGAAAAGUCACUAUGUAUAGAUAAGAGUGUAUUAAAAAAAAAAGAUAAAUUUCUUGAACUGUGUAAGGUACAUUUGUUUAUUUGGAAAUAAGAUCUCUUCUAUAACUUCUUACCUGUUUUUCUGAGUAAAUCCUGAAUCAUCAAAUUCUUGCAGUGUUAAGCUACUAGUAGAAUAUCAAGUACAAAACUUCAUCUGCAAACAUUUUAGAACGUAUAAUCUAUAAAUUCAAUAGCUUGUUAGAUCAUCGUUUCUUCUGUAUGAUGAAAGGGUAAAUUCAAGAAAAAUAAUAAUCAGUAAUAGAUGAUGUUAAAAUAAAUAUAGUGUUAAAAAGAUCUUUACAUAAAUUCUGAUGUGUUGUGACAUAAAUAAAAUUACACUUCAUAACAGUUGUUGUGGAGCAGUUUGGUAACAUAAGUAAUGUCUCAACCAUUGCUAUGUCUGAUGUAUCAAAACUGUUCUGAAGAGCCCUGUUAUUGGGCAAAAGUCCUCUUCAACACUAAACUUUCACUUAGAAGUUCAUAUUAAUGAGUAUUCAAACAAGAAAAUUUUCUUAAUAUAGUAUUAUAAAUCACGCUGUUUAUUUUUAUAAUAAUUGGCAAUAAUUUACUGGCUAACCUCUUUUCAUCCAUUUUUUUUUGUUCUGUGCAGUUUGUGUAAAGCUUAGAAACCAUGGUAGUAAUUUUUGUGCAUGGAUUAUGUGUGUGAAAUACUUAAACUGUUUACUUAGUUGUAUCAUUGCUGUUUAUUAGAAGAAUAUUGCUAGCUGUCAAAUUAAGAUUGUAGUGUUUAAGCAACUGGUAUCAGAUUUCUAUUUCACGAAUUAGGAGAAACUUAAGAGAUGUUAUUUUAUUUAAUCUCAUAAUCAGUUUCAACCAAGUGGGUGAUUUUUUAAAAUACUAGUGUGCUAUGGGAUCUUAGCUGUACCACAUCAGUUUUCAUUUGUACUGUAUGCUUUGAUAUAUAACCAGAGAUCAUGGUAAAGCUAUAACUAUUCCUAGAGUGCUGUUAAGCUUUUCUCAUUUAGUUAGCUUUGCAGACAAGCUGAUGUGUUGUACAAUGAUGCUUUAUUAUAGUAAUGAUAACUUGGAUUUCAUGUUGAGCUGAGUAAAACAGUACAUGUGUAUAGUGCAGAUUUUAGGUCAUUCGAAAAUCUCUUAUGUUUUUGUGUUCGUAACAGCAUUAAGUGAUUUGUUGAAUAAAACAGAACUUUUGCAGUAAAUUAAUGGCUCUGUAUUUUGAGCUAUGUUAACAUAAAAAGUCCUGCUUUUAAUAUUUUUCAAGUUAGAGGGAAGUUGUUUAUUUUCUAACAGUAUCAGUUGUUCUUAGUGAAAAAAGAAAAAUAUCUAAAUUGUGUGAAACUCAGAAUUAAGUUUUUUGAUUAAAAAAAUCAUGUCACAUGUAUUGUAGUUCAUUUUUACAGCUGUCACCUCGUAGUGACCUAGUUUUAUGAAUAUUUAUAGAAGAUUAAUGAUAAAAAGCAAAAAAAAAUUAUACCGAGAAUGGUGCCAACGAUAUUGUGUAAAUAGAUGAAAAAGACAUGAAUUUUUAUGAAUCUAGAUGAUGCUGUCUUCCAUCACGUUUUGAAACACAUACCUUCUAUCUUUUUUAUAAAAGAAUAUGAAUAAAGUAAGCUUUCUAAAAUAGAAUUUCUAUAUUUUUCAGAUCGUUAUAGGAGUAAAUAAAAAAAACAAAUUUCACUUUAAAAAUAGAAAAACAAAAUAUUUUUGCUUUUGAGUCUGUAUAAUGAAAUCACUUUACUUUGAUAAACUAAUCACAUUUCUAUUGUAUGAUAUAUUGUCAGUUUCAAACUUAUCCAUUUCAUCAAUUGUAUGUAUGUAUGUUCAUUAAAGUUAAUAAAAGAAGAUGCCAGCAGUUGUAUCUGGAAGUCCAGCUCAGAUUUCUCAAUUGAGAAUACAGUUUUAAAAAUGCUUUUAUGUCUUUGGAAUAUGUUAAAAUAAUUACUUUUUAUCUGCUGGUUUAAUGUAGUACAACCUACACUUUCUAUUUAUUUUAUUUUAAUUAAUAUUUUGAAGUCAGAAUAUAUUAUCUUAAUAUUUUGAUGGGUUUUAAAGGAACAAGCUUAUUAGUUUGAGAAGUAUAAAAAUAAUUCUACUGGCUCAAAGCCAGCUCCAGUUUUGCCGUCACCAGACUCUCACAACUACUUAAUUGCUGCUCAUCUUUAUAUCUGCUGUCACUGGUUGACUUACAUAGAACUGGAAUGAGUUCAACCAAUAAAAUUUGGCUUUUCCAUUUCUUCUCAUAUUGUAAGCCUGUUCUCUCAUUUUUUUUCUUUUCUACUUUUAACAUCAUACCGAUAUAACAUUUUGAGUUUAUAGAUAUGACUAGUUCAGUGAAAGAGUGCUUACUUACUACAUUUUUACAAACUUUUUUUAAUUUUAAAUCAAGUUUCAAGGUUCUUUUCUCUUGACUAGUGAUUAAGAAGUGUUUACUUGUAGAAUGGCAGCAUGUAUUUUAAAUGUAAGUUUAGUCCUGUUCCAGCAAUAGGCUGUUUGUGUAUAAAGGCUUGUAGUAUUACCAUGGUUUACAACAUUUUUAUACAUGUUGUAGCCUUAUAAGUCAUAGGUUUUUACUGAAGGCAAGACAGUCUUCCUGUCCAAACCUCAAGAUAUGGAUAGCCCUGUAAUUUUUUUUCAAUACAAAUAUAUUCUUAUGGAGUGUGAGUGAAAAAGUGGGUAAGAUGUAAGAGGUUUCAGCCUUAUUAAUAAAUUCAAAUUUAAAUAAAACUCA